UAAAUAGUUUAGUAAUUUUUAGGUAUAAUAUGAGAUGCUCGUAAAUAUUAUUUUUUUUUAAAUUUAUUAAACGGAUUCGCAUUCGGAUUGGCGGAUAUUCCUGCCCUACCGAAGAAGGAAGACGGAUUCGCAUUCUGAUUCAGAAGAAAUCGAUCGGAGAUGAACACCGACAUCACAGCCUUGGAGAAGCCGCAGUACCCUGUUAUUGAUCGGAAUCCUCCUUUCCUCAAGGUCGUCGGAAACUUCAGCACCCUCGAUUACCUCCGCUUCUUCUCUAGCAUUACCGGCAUCUCUGUCACCGUUGGCUAUCUCUCCGGGAUUAAGCCGGGGAUAAAGGGUCCUUCAAUGGUAACUGGAGGAUUGAUUGGUCUCAUGGGAGGCUUCAUGUACGCUUAUCAGAACUCGGCGGGUCGGCUCAUGGGGUUUUUCCCCAACGAUAGUGAGGUCGCUCGCUACCAGAAGCGUGGUUUCUCCGACUGAGUUUAGGGUCUUCUCUGGUUUCAUGCUUUGUUCUUCUCAAUCAUCAUGUUCCCAGUUUUAGAAAUUGAAAACCUUUUGUUGUGAAAUCGGAUCGAAGUCUGGUGUAGAUGGAGUGUGGAUAUCAAGUUGGAGGCGACUCCGACUGGUAAAUCUGUGCUUGAGUUCUUCUGCCUUUGUAAUCUGGUUUGGCCAGCCCGAGAUUAAUUAACAGGUGCUGAGAUAGCUGGUGUGAGGAAGUUGAUUUGGGUUAUAGCAGAUUCUUCCUUUA